CAGAAAGAGCAAGCGUGACAGGAGCAUGAGUUGCACAUGCCCCGUCCAGCCAUCGAAUUGUUUUUAUUCUUUAUGUCAGUGGUAGUAGUCAUUCAUUGCAGUUGUAAUGUGAUGUCUGACGACAAAUGCUACAAGAAGUGCCCAUAUCGCAUGAGGAUGUGACGGACAUUUGGAAACACCAAUUAUUUCAGCUGCGUGGCUACGUAAGACAGCAACACAGCCACUCCGGUUGCGAGAGGCGUUGUCUACUCUACCCAUGUGUAGGUUCCUGUCGAGCGGAGGCUUGUCAACGUGAAUAACCUUGGCAUUUGUUCUACUCAGCAAUCCUUUUUCAAUCAUGCAGGCUGCCAUGGAGAUCACGGCUCGGUUCUGCCACAAGGAGAUGGAGGCGUAUGGGGCCUGUGUGUCCUCCAACCCCUCAACGUGGCAGGAGACGUGCCAUGAACUUAAACUGAAAGUAGCACACUGCACAUCCUCACACCCAGUGAUCCAGAAGAUCCGGACAGACUGCGCUGGAGAGUUCAUGCAGUUUGAGCGCUGCCUGCGGGAGAACCAGUCGGAUGCCCAGGUGUGUUCGGCACAGGUGGCCCGCUUCAUAGCCUGCGCCGAGACUGUCGACAUUAGUGCUGCAGCCGCAGAAGCACCUCAGCCAUCGUAACAUCACCCACUACUGCCUUCAAAAUAAGCUGCAGAUUUCUUUCAAACCUGGAAGUGCUUCCUGAACCUUGCUGGCUCAGUGUGCUGUAAGAAUGGCCAUUGCUGAGCAUCUCAGCAUUCACUUACAGCAGUCGUUGUUUUGCACAACCACAUUCACACCUCCUGUACUUUUUUUUUGUGAUCAACGUUUUAUAAUUACACCUCCUGUACUUGAGCCGUUCUAUAAUGACUGAUAAUGUAUUUAUAUGUCCAAGCAUGUAAUAAUAAACAUUUUUUUCAAAAAACA